AUGUUGAGCACCACUCUCGGGAUUACAGGACGGGCAGCCCCUCGUGUCACCCGAGCUGUCUUUCAGCCUGCACGCACCCUCAUGACACUGAAGAACCACAAGUACACCGCGCAUGCAACCGCGCGAGGCCAAGGGCGCAACGGCGAGGUUGAGUCCGACGACGACGACGGUCUGAAGCUACGGCUUGCCAUGCCUCAGUCCCUCGGGGGUAAAGGCGACGGGCAAAACCCCGAGCAACUGUUCGCGAUGGGAUAUUCCGCUUGCUUCCUGGGAGCUCUGCAGAUGGUCGCGAGCAAGAUGGGAAAGUCGGAUAUGGCAAAGAACGCGGCAAUCCACACGGAGGUGCACCUUGGACAACCUAACGAUAUGGGUGGAUUUGGGCUGGAAGUGGGCAUCAAGGUGGAGGGAGCAGACGAGGAGCUCAUCAAAGCUGGUCAUGAGGCCUGCCCGUAUAGUCGUGCACUGAAGUACGGAGUUGUUGUGAAUGUUUCCAAAACUUAG